AUGUCAAAUCAAUUUGAACGGAGACCACUACAUGAUGAUUUGAUCGACGAUAUUAUUGAACAUCAAACAGUUCCACAGUCGAACAAAUCAUCGUAUUUUCUCGACAGCGCGAAAACCACGCAAAAUCGAACGCAUGAAAGUCUUCCAACAGUGUUCAAUCGACCGAAAUUCGAUCCAAGUGAACAUUCAUUUAUACCUGUAAAAGCUGAGCGACCGCAAAUUGCCGCAUCAACAUCGCGCAUUCAACCCUCAUCGAUUCUGAUGAGUAACGAUGAACGACGAAAAGAAAUUGAUCGCAUUAUCCAACAUUUAUACAAUGGGAAAUUAUUAACCAAUAACAACGAAGAGUUUUCAGGUUCAGAAUCAUCUGAACCACCAGUACGAAUUCUGACUAAAGAACCAACUGCGACAAAUGUCAUUGUAGUACCUGCAUUGAAAUUUAAUGACGAAAAGAAAUUGAAUGAGUUACCUGCACUUGAUGCCGAUGUUACAUCAUUACAACGCGAACUCAAAGAAAAAGAACUUGAUAUAACACAUUUACAUAAUGAAAUUCAAGAAUUACAACUUGAAAAUAAGUUACUUAAAGCUAAUGGUAGUGCAUCUGUUUAUUUAAACAAUAACAAUGAAAGUGAAGUACUUCGACGCGAAAAGGAACUUCUGAAGAAUCGAUUCGAUGAAAUCAAUUUUCAACAAAAGGAGGUUUUCGAGAAAAAACUAAAAUCAGUGGAGAAACAUAUGAUGAUGUUAGCAAAUGAAAAUGAUAUUCUAAAACAAAAUUCUCAUCAAUCGGAACGAGUUAUUUUACAAUUAAGACGAGAAAAUGAAGAAUUACAGCAAAAAGUAACUGAAGCAAAGAAACGAAAUGAUGAACUGUUCUAUCAAGAAUUUCACUCAUUGAGAAACAAUCUGAAAGUGUUGAAAGAACGAAACAACGAAUUAUUCCAGGAAAAUUUACGUUUACAGCAAGGUCAAACAUCGUCCAUUACUAUCCCGCAUUCAACAAUUCACGAUCAACAACAAAUUCCUCCAAACAAAGUUCCCAAUGUCGAUUCGAAGCCUUGCAAAUCGUUGACAGACGAAAGUCCUUACAUGUCCGAAGGAAGUGAAUCCACAAAUUAUUUGACCACUGUCAGUGUUGAUCGUUACAAUCCUCGAUCAGUAGCAUCGGUCUAUCAUUCGGCAAAGAUUGAGGGAAACAAUCAACACCGUACAACGAGAUACAACGCAUUGAAUAAACGUGACGAUAUUAUUAAUACAAAUAUAACCUCAAUUCCUUUAUCGAAAUCUUUCGAUCAACCAUUGCAUUUUCGCUCAUCAAAGUCGAAACGUAUAGCUGAUUGGAAUGAACAACUUCAUUCAACGAACGACGCUUUCUAUCACCGAGACACAACUAUUUACAAUGAUGAACAUCCAACCAGAGACGAUCCGGAAGUGUCAGCACAAGUUUUUCAAUCAUGUUUUGCCACACAUCGAAAUCUCGUCUCGAAAAAAGAACCACAAUCCUUUUCUCGCAGUUCAUUCAAUACGAAUGUGACUAGUACAUUUUCAGAUCGUGCACCACCUCGAGUAAAUACUAUCAUUACUAGUCCGAAACGUCCGUAUGCACCAUUAUCAAUCAGUGACAUUCACGUGGGUGAUAUAGUGAAAUUCUCUAGACAAGGUGGUAAAGUAAGUAAGGGAGCAGUGAAAUAUAUCGGUUCGUUACCUGGUAAAAAUGAUCAAUAUCUCGGAUUAGAAUUAGACAACGAAGAAAGCAAACAUGAUGGCGUUUACCAAGAUCAACGAAUCUUUCAAUGUAAGCAAAAUAAAGGAGUGUUCGUUGGAUUCAACAAAGUGAUUAUGGCAUGGAGCGAACAGUAG